AUGCUUCCGCCUCGGCGGAGUCGAUGUUUCCUCGCACCAGGGAAUUUUGAGCACCGAGGCGGCCACCUCCACGAUCGUAACCGACGUUACUCGGCAUUUGCUGGCGAAAAUGCCAGCCAUCCAAUGGCGGGCCGCGCGCGCGCCAGUCAUCUCAGCCGAUCCCAUCCCGAGCCUGGACUCAAAGGCCUGAGGAGCAAGAACAAGGCUCUGAAGCUGAGGGACUACCAGUGCGACGUGCCAGCCCGCACCAUUCUCGGGCAAAGCGUUCAUCGUCCGAUCCGAACGAGAUUUGCGCCAUCCCCGACGGGUUAUCUGCACUUAGGAUCCCUCCGCACCGCCCUGUUUAACAACUUGGUGGCAAAGGCAUCCGAGGGGGGUGCAUUCAUCCUCCGGAUUGAAGACACCGAUCAGAGCCGUCUCGUUGCAGAUGCUGAAGAGCGAUUGAUUCGAGAUCUCAAAUGGGCUGGCCUGUCAUGGGACGAAGGCCCCGACCGAGGCGGCCCUCAUGGCCCAUACAGACAAUCUGCCCGCCUAGAGUCCUACAGGGAUCAUGUUCGGCAGCUUAUUCACAAAGGCCACGCGUACCGCUGCUUCUGCAGCCCCGAGCAGCUCGACUCGCAGAAGAGACGACUCCACGAUGCCGGCGGCCCGACCGCCUAUCCGGGCACUUGCCGUUCCGUUGAUGCCUCCGAAUCCGAAACCCGCGCUGCGGGAGGGGAACCACACGUGGUGCGCUUCAGGGGUGAUGCCUUUGGCCGGCCCAAGUUCCGUGACGCCAUUUAUGGCUCCUUUCAAAAGCAGGAAUCGGAGGAGGACUUCAUCCUUUUGAAAACAGACGGAUUUCCUACCUACCACCUAGCAAAUGUCGUCGACGACCAUCUGAUGAAUAUUACGCAUGUCAUCAGAGGCGAGGAAUGGCUCAUCUCUACCCCCAAACACCUGGCCCUGUACCACGCUUUCGGUUGGGAUCCGCCAACUUUUGCCCAUCUAGGCCUCUUGGUGAACCCAGAUGGCAGCAAGCUCAGCAAGCGAAACGACAGCGUCAACAUCUCAAGGUAUGCAGAGGAGGGCGUCUUUCCGAUCGCCCUCUUGGCCUGGCUUUCAAACCUGGGCUGCUCAUUCAAGUCGGGUGCCCAGACACCUCGCACUCUUGGAGAAAUAGCUGAUGCCUUAACAUUCAAGUUCACCAGAGGUGGCAUCAAGUUGAACCCAGGUAAGCUGGAGCACUUCCAGACAAAAUACAGGGACGCGCUCCUUGGAAACCGCAUCCCUGAGCUGGCAGAGCAGGAAGCGAUUCUCAUCGAGCGCAAUUUGACGCGGCCCAUGCUGCAUGAGUUGCAGUCCAUCACAUCUGGAAAUGACAUUGGCCCGGGUAAGCUUCCAAAAGCGUGGCAGACCAGCCUGGAGCUGGUCCCAGCACUUCGAUCAGAUGAAACAAGGGCGAGUUACGUGCACUCCAUCCUUACCAACAGCCAAGGGGGGUUCCAAUCUACUGGAAGCCUUAUUCGCCAGCACCCCUAUCUAUUCUGGCGCGUUCCCGUCUCUCUAUACGAGUCUUCCCUUGCCGUGUUCAGGCCGGAUCCCCGGGUCCUGGACGCCCUAGACCAGGCACUCGAUCAAGUAGACUGCUGGGAUAGCCUGGGGGCCGUCAAAGUGAUGGAGUUUAUCCAGGAAACCGUUCAUGGUGAAAAUAUCGACCCCGUGCUCGUGCACAAAGUGUUAAGGCUAGUUGGUGCGGGGGGGCAGGAUGUCGUUUCGCAGAGCAGCUCGCGGAUGUUCCUGCUGCUGGGCAGGGGCGAGUGGCGACAUCGUCUCGAUGUUGUAAAGGACUCGAUAAAGAUGCUCCAGAGUGGGCGCCCAGUCAGUUAG